AUGGAAAAAUCACACCCAUAUGUUAUACCGGAGUUUCAGUCGGCCGUCAGCGCGGACGACCGCCGUGCAUAUAAUCAUAAUCCCUUUCUCACUCCUCAAGAUCAAAGAUCCAUAAUUUCGUCAGCACAGCGCUCUUCGUACGCCGAGGGCAAACCGCUUAGACAGAGGAAAUUCAAGUCUGCGCGGCUAGUCGGUCCGUAUGAGAAACCAUGGACAGAAAUAAGAGAUCCACGUAUGAUGUGGGAUAAAAUCUUUUUUAUCGCUCUCACAAUAGUCGGUCUAGGCUUAGGAGCAUACAUUAUCUAUACUGGUUGGGCAAGUGUUGAAAAUCCUGAUUAUUGUUUAAUAUUCGAAGAUGACUUUCAGAACGGAAUCAACAAAAAUGACUGGAACUACGAGAUCCAAGUCGGCGGAUUCGGGGUUGGUUCAUUUGAUUGGGCUACCGAUGAUCCAACCAAUGCCUACACAGAUGAAAGCGGUCUUCAUAUCGUCCCGACCCUUACCACCAGCGCCACAAAUAUUACUCUGGCUGAAAUGCUCAACGGCUACACACUCAAUCUUACCAGUCAGGGAAUAUGUACCUCAACCGGCAACAAUAGUUGUGCCCGUAUCAGUAAUAUUACGACUCAGACAAUGAUCAACCCGGUCAGAAGCGCUCGUUUGACGACCAAGGGGAAACAUAACAUUACAUAUGGAAAAGUCGAGGUCACCGCGAAACUUCCGCGUGGAGAUUGGCUUUGGCCUGCCAUUUGGAUGUUGCCAGAGUCAGAUAUCUACGGGGCAUGGCCGCUUAGCGGCGAGAUUGAUAUUAUGGAAUCCAAAGGCAACGAAGGACAAACAUACAAUGGUGGACGCAAUGAAGUCGGGGGCACUCUACAUUGGGCACCUAACGCCAUGCUUGAUGCCUUCUGGCGUACUAAUGGAGUGCGCUACAUGACCCGCGGAGACUAUUCAGAUGAUUUCCAUACAUUCGGUAUGGAAUGGAGUGACUCUUACAUAUAUACUUGGGUUGAUAGUCGGCUUGCGCAAUCAUUGUAUGUGCCGUUUGGUAAAAAGUAUGGAUCCAUGUACGACCGAGGCAACUUCGCCUCCAUGAGUGUCAACGGAUCAAUUCCUCUUGAUCCCUGGUCAGUCACAGGUCGCUUUAAUACCCCAUUUGACGAGGCCUUCUACCUCAUCAUGAAUGUUGCAGUCGGGGGCACAGAUGGCUAUUUUGCCGAUGGGUAUGGUAAUAAACCAUGGGUUGAUUCUUCUGCAACUGCUAUGGAACAGUUUUGGAAUGCAUCCUCUGCAUGGGAGCCGACCUGGGGAGCUGGAAACACCCGGGGCAUGACAGUCAAAAAUGUCAAAUUGUAUUCACGAGGUCUCUGUGGGUCGCCUUCCAGUUCCAGUACUGCCGCUACGACAAGUGCGACCUCAUCUUAA